AUGAAGGUGCUCCCCGCGUCUGGCCUUGCUGUGCUCCUCGUCACGGCUCUGAAGUUCUCCACCGCAGCCCCCUCCCCACCUGCAGCCACCCCCAGGACCUCAAGAAACAACUACCACCUGGCACAGGCCUAUCUUGACAAGUAUUACACCAGGAAGGGAGGCCACCAGCUCGGUGAGAUGGCCGCGCGAGGAGCCAGUUCCCUGGUCAAGAAGAUCAAGGAGCUGCAAGCCUUCUUCGGCCUCCGAGUCACGGGCAAGUUGGACCGGUCCACGAUGGACGUGAUCAAGAGGCCCCGAUGCGGAGUUCCUGACGUGGCAAACUACCGCCUCUUCCCAGGUGAACCCAAGUGGAAAAAAAAUACUUUGACCUACAGGAUAUCCAAGUACACGCCAUCCAUGGCGGCCGCUGACGUGGACAAGGCAGUGGAGAUGGCCUUGCAGGCCUGGGGCAGCGCUGUCCCCCUGACCUUCGUCAGGGUGACUUCGGGAGAAGCGGACAUCAUGAUAUCUUUCGAAAGCGGAGACCACGGGGACUCCUAUCCGUUCGAUGGGCCUCGAGGGACCCUAGCCCAUGCAUUUGCACCUGGAGAAGGUCUGGGAGGGGACACGCAUUUCGACAAUGCCGAGAAGUGGACUAUGGGAAUGAAUGGUUUCAACUUAUUCACCGUAGCUGCUCACGAAUUUGGCCACGCACUGGGCCUGGCGCAUUCCACAGACCCAUCGGCACUGAUGUACCCAACCUAUAAGUACCAGCAUCCCUACGGAUUCCACCUGCCCAAGGACGAUGUGAAAGGGAUCCAGGCUUUGUAUGGACCCCGGAAAACAUUCCCGGGAAAGCCCACCGUGCCGCACGCCCCACCUCAAAGUCCAUCCACCCCCGACCUCUGUGACUCCAGCUCGUCCUUUGAUGCCGUGACGAUGCUUGGGAAGGAGCUCCUGUUCUUCAGGGACCGGAUUUUCUGGCGUCGUCAGGUGCACAUGAUGACAGGGAUCCGGCCCAGCACCAUCACCAGCUCCUUCCCCCAGCUUAUGUCCAACGUGGACGCAGCUUACGAAGUGGCCGAGAGGGGCACCGCCUACUUCUUCAAAGGCCCCCACUACUGGGUAACAAGAGGAUUCCAGAUGCAAGGUCCUCCGCGCACUAUUUAUGACUUUGGCUUCCCAAGGUAUGUACAGCGAAUAGAUGCUGCCGUCUACCUCAAGGAUGUGCAGAAGACCCUUUUCUUUGUCGGAGACGAAUACUACAGCUAUGACGAACGAAAAGGGAAAAUGGAAAAAGACUACCCAAAGAAUACUGAAGAAGAAUUUUCAGGAGUUAAUGGCCAGAUAGAUGCUGCUGUGGAAUUAAAUGGCUACAUUUACUUCUUUUCAGGACCCAAAGCGUACAAGUAUGACACAGAGAAGGAAGAUGUGGUCAGUGUGCUGAAAUCUAGCUCCUGGAUUGGCUGCUAGACAGGAAGGUCUCGUGUUUUCUAGGGAACGAACGCGAGCGCAAGCAGCUGGUCCCUGGACGUAAGGACCAAGGCAGAAUGUAGGAUGGGGGUUCUUCCCGUGGCCUUCAAUCCUAAGGGCAAUUUCGAGUUCAUCAAAAAUAAUUACGCUUCUACAUUUCUUCACGGUUGCGACUUCAUAAUUUUAAUCAAAAUGGGAGAUUUCUAUAGAUGGUCAACUUCACAUAAAAUCGGAAUCAACACAAUGCUCUCCUCUGUGAGACACCCACUGCUGUUGUUUCUUACCCGACAUACUGAAGCAAAUUGAGAAAUUUGGGUUUUUAUUUCCGAGAAGAAGUCUAUUUGUUGAUUCCCUGACAUGUAUUAUAAUUCUUUUAAAAGGACAUGUCAUUGCCGUGCAAAUUUUAACUACUCUUCACAGUAGUGGCUUUUGCUGCCUUUCCAUGUGUUGUGACGAGUAUAAAUUUGUCCCUCUGUGCUUUGAACAUCUCACA